GCUCUGAGGAGAUGCACAGGAGCAUACCUUCCCUUUUACUCUGCCUCCUGAAAUAACGUGCAAGUGGGCCGUGAAGACACACGGGGAUGUGGGCAGCUGCCGCUCAACCACAAUCAACGUGGGCAGCCUUGUGCGAGGUGGCAAAGACAGCUGACCACGCCCCAGCACGAACUUUCUACUUAUGGCGCGUUAACCUACGGCAAGUAACAGAACGUGUACUGGAGGAUCUGUACCAUGCAGCAUAUAACCUUCGAGAAAGACUUGCAUUUGAACUUUCCAAGGAGCAAGAGGUCCUCAGCAUAUUGGAGCAAAUUCAGCAAGCAUCCAUUUCAGGCUCAGCCAGCAGUGUGGCUACCCUGACAUCCAGUCAGAGGAAGCAGCUUGAGAACAUCCGGAAAGUCGCGGCGGUCUUGGAGACGUCUCUUUUACGGUUGGAAGACACUAUAAUGAUGCUGAAGGACUUCUAAGACAAUAUUUCCCCAGUAAAGAACUCACUAAAGGUUGAUUUUGUCCUUGUGAGAAGAAAAAAGAUGCCCACGCCUAUGUUGUCUCGGAUGAUCUGGCAUGCCUUGCUAGCUAAGAAGAAGAAGAUUUCCUGCAGGAGCUUGGUUAGACCAGCAGUAUGUUGCCUAGGCUUUUUUUUUUUUGCCGGACCGUGGAUGAUCUGCCGUCGACAACUUUCAUCCAUGUCUCCCGACGCUGAAAGUUGCGGGGCUGGCUGUGUGUAUGUUGCUUGUGAGAGUUUUGCCCGUGAAACGUAGUGGUGGUUUAAAGGAAGCCAUUAUCUUGUGUUUGCUAUUGUGGAAGGGGCAGCAGGGGAGAUGCGGAUGGGCAAGCUGGACCAGGGCAAUGGCCGGGCUGGUUCUCUCCAAAGCUGAUGCUCUUGCGAGUACUGGGAGUCACGUGGGGGGGUGCGCCAGCAAGAGGUGGGACUCGGGGACGCAAAGCGGGUUUACCUCGUGAGGUGUACCCUGUGAUGAGGAUGUUAAAACUUCUUUUGUGCCUAUGUCAUCAGCUAAACAAGAAAGGAGUAACCAGCUGUGUUACCAACCGGGGGUCACUUGGCUCGCCUUGGUGGCUGAGGCGGCUCGGCCGGGCAAGGGCCAGGGAAGUUCCCUGUAGAAGAAAACCAAAGAUAAAAAAGGAUCCUAAAAAAUCGGGGGAAAAAAACUAUCUUGUGCAGAAAACAAAACGUAACAACUUUUGCCUCAGGGUCACAUCGAAAUUCUUUGCCUAAUCCCGACAACCGCGGCCAAUGAUGUAAGGGACACUGGGCCCGUUUCCCAGCAUAUUAAAAUGUGACAUUUUUUGGGGAAACCCCUAUCCACAGCUGCUGAUGCCGGACCCCCAGUCGGGCCGAGUCUUGUUUGGGCCUCUGUUGCUGUGACGAACAUGUCAAGCGGAGACCGAUGUGUAACCUACGGCAAUCACGAUCAUAGCUUGGUACCCCUUUUCCCCUUUGUUUUUUUUUCUGUUUUUCUUUUUGAAGAAGAAGAAGAUUCUCGGCUGUUUGUGCUUCGGCUCCCCAUGAGAGACGGGGAGCAUUCACUACCUGCAGGCGUGCUCUUUCCAGAAUGGAUCUGGCUGCACUUCUGCCCAGGGCAUUUUCACACGAGUGGAAACAAGAAAACGACAGGCUCUUUAGGUUCCGGCCGCAGGCUUGGCAAAAUAUGGCGUGCAGGGCAUUUUCAGGGUUCGCUUCAAUAGCUGGGCGAAGUACUGGUGGUUUACAGCACCAGUACUCCAUGCAUCAGCCUGCGAGUGUCAGCAUGAAACCCGCACCACUUUGGAGGCCGCCGAUUUGUUUUUUCAAUGGCGCUCCGUGCCGCGCGACCCCUCAGAGUUUUGCUUGUGGCGACAAAAACUUUCUCCAAGGCUGGGGCCGUGUACUUGCGGUUUAAGGCCAAGAUCAUGUUUUAUAGAUUCUAAGCAUGAGCAUAGCACUGGUGGGGCCUGGUCCAUAUUCUCACAACUUUUAUCUGGGGUGUACUCUCUCACCAGGACGUCCUCGAGGUCUGCCAGCGCAGUUAGUUACAUUAAAGUACGUUAAGGAAAUUCCCAUUGUGGGUGUUUCCAUCAUUCUUUCUCGUGCUCUAGGAAUCGGUGUAGUGAUUAGGUCUUGCCACCAGAGAAGUCAUGCCCUCGGCAAGUGAGUGAGGGCAUGCUCACACUAGUGUUUUCCUGAAUUUCCCUGACUGCAGUUAAAGCCAGAUUCACUCGAGAAGCUCUUAGUGUG